AUGGAUCAAGAGCUAGCUUCGAUCGCGACUCGAUUCGACCCAAACCCAAAUAUUCAGAAUAUUUUGAUCACAGGGGCCGCCGGAUUCAUUGGGAGUUGGCUAGCUAGUCAUCUUGUCCAACAGUACGCUGGACACUAUAAUAUCAUUGCAUACGACAAUUUGUGCCGUGCAGCCUCGUUGAAGAAUGUGCGCCAUCUGGAGAUUUUUAAAAACUUCACCUUUGUCCCGGGAGACAUCUGCAACGCAACAUUGCUACUCAGAACCAUGCAUGCUCAUAAGAUUGACACUGUGAUGCAUUUGGCAGCUCAAACAUCGGUCGAUGACAGCUAUGGAAAUCCGAUAGAUUCAGUGGUCAACAAUAUUACUGGGACACAUACACUUCUAGAAUGUUCUAGAAAGGUCAUGGUGCGCAGGUUUAUUUACAUGUCCACCGACGAGGUCUACGGCCCCUGCGGUCCAGAGGAUAUCGCAGAUGAGAGCACAGUCCUUCGUCCGACGAAUCCUUAUUCUGCAAGCAAAGCAUCAGGAGAGAUGCUUGUGCAUAGCUAUUGCAAAAGCUAUAGGCUGCCAACAAUCGUUGUGCGCUCGAAUAAUGCAUACGGGCCUCACCAGUACCCCGAGAAGAUCAUUCCGAAGUUCAGCCAACUAGUCCAUCGUGGUGGGAAGCUUACGGUCAUGGACAAAGGCUUGCAAUCGCGUUGCUACCUACAUGUCAAGGAUCUUAUCAACGCACUUGAUACGAUCUUGCACAAGUGCCAGAGUGAUGACUUUGUGAUCUUCAAUGUCUCUUCCUCUAACAACUUCACCACGCUAGGCAUCGCUUUCGAGAUUCUCAGGGCAUCUGGAAUAUGCGGCGAGAGAGAAGAUCUUUUCAGGCAAUGGAUGAUAGCUGUGCCAGAUCGCCCGUUCCAUGACAUGCAUUACUUCACCAAGUGUGAUAAGCUGAAGGCACUGGGUUGGAGUGAAAAGAUAGACUUCCAGACAGGAUUGAAGAUGACGGUUGAUUGGUACAGAUCUCUCGAAGAUGCAUGGUGGACAACGGACUUGUAG